GAUCUAGGGGAUGCACUCGCUUGGACAACAACAGAUUCAAAGAACUGACAGCUUAACAAUUACAAUCUGUCUUUCAAGUGCUAGUGUGAAAGUUCUGCUGGAAUAGAUGGCACCUGCAGCGCCAGCGACACCGUCGCGUGUUGAGCUCCGAAAGUUCGUCCUCAAUUACCUCUGCCACUACUGCUUCGUAGACACAGCAAAGGCGUUCUCCAAAUGUGUACCGCUCCAAGGUUGGUACGAGGGCGAGGAAGGGGGCAUUAGGCCGGAAGACGUCGUUCUCACCGAGGAUCAUGCUCAGCAGCUGAAGGUCAGGCGAGAGAUACGAGAAGACAUACUAUCAGGGAAGAUACCCGCCGCUCGAGAGAACAUUACCACCCACUUUCCCAGCGUCCUGUCCGACGACCCACCGCCGCCUCCACCCCCGACGCUGCCACACAUCAUCCCCACACCACCGCCUGAGAUCCCCCAAACGCGUGUAAUACCCAGCUUCCCAUCCUCUCUCUCACCGCAGAACAUAAGCAUCACAUUGUCGAUCCAACAAUGGAUAGAGACGCUUCGGACCGUUCCUCUCCCUUAUCCCGCAUCCCCCUCACCAGUCUCCCCGGGUACGUCGGUAACUGCUACUCCCGUGCUACCAAGCUUCGAAGCGCAAGAUCAAACCGCACUCAUCGUGAUGGGCCGGCAGCUGUACGCUCGCGCGCGCCAGCUCAACCCUCCGCAUAACGAACAGUUUCGCGAAGAACUAGUUGGGAUCGCUAGCCUGAUAGCCUACAAAGAACCGGAGAAGGCACCAGAGAUUGUACGACACCAUCUGGAGUGGAGCAGGCGAAAAGGAGUUGCCACGCAGGUGAACAGUGCUAUCCUCAGCUCGUUGGGUUACCCGCCUUACGUACCCCUCGCUUCCCUCGUCCGGCAACUUACGUUCGUCUACCAAAUGCUCCAUGAGCUAGGCGUGCACCCACCGGAAGGAGGACAGCUGGGGGGCAUCGAGCUCCUCGAGGCGUCCGAGGAUGAUCAAGAUUGGGCCGCUGAGGCGAUACCUGAGUUCCGUCUGUCUGCGUAUCUGUACAAGGACAAGAAGGGGAAAGGCGAUGUGGAGGCAAUCUACAGGACGGACGACGAUGAGGACAUGGAUGCGGAUGGGGAAGCGGAACCAGCGCCAGAGGAUGGGGAUAAAGAUGGCGAGGAAGAGGGAACGAUGGAGACAGAGGUAUGA